AUGAAUGUAAUGAAAGAAGAAAAAUAUCUCUUAACACCCCAAAAUGAAUGCUCGAUGAAUGGAGACAAGGAAGAUCAACAUCACUCAGCUGAAACAAGCGUCUGGAUAGGUUGUGAUGUAUAUGAUACAGGCAUUGGAAUACCAGAAAAUGCAAAACAUAGUUUAUUUAAAAGGGUCUCAAUUGCUUGUGAUAGUUCUGAUUACUCCGAUGAAUUCUCAGACAUGAAGCAUAACGAAGCCGCUUCUGAUGAUACAACAGAAGGUUUCUUCCAAUUCCACACAAACCGAACUCACAAGCUAUCGCCACACAAAUUCAGUGGAUUUUCCGAGAGUUCAUUCUCAUUUCCCGCUAUUUCUAAUGACAUCAUAUCAAAAGGGACGUGUUCUUUCGAUGACUCAUCUUCAGUUGUUGACGCCUCAGACAUGUCUGAAUCAGCUAGUUCAUCUAGUAAUAAACAUCAUUUGUAUAACACUCAUGCAUGGUUUCAAAAUGAUAGUGCAGAUUCUUCUCAGAAUAUGGUGGUAAACACAACUACUCAAUGUGUUAGGAGAAGUAGUAAAUCAGAAGUAACCCAAAUCCAUAUCUAA